GCGCGAAAUAUACGGUUGCCCAAUUCGCCACAGAAAAUACGAAGAAAUUAUAAUCGACAAUCAGAAAACCCUUUAAAAAACAUUCCCUGUUUUUUAGAGGAAGAAGAACUAGAGAGAGAGAGAGAGAGAGGGGGGGCCGAGGUACCUGGUGCUUCUGCAAAGGGGAAGUCGAGAUCUUGUUAGAUCGGAGCUGAUCUGUCCGUAAUGGGAAGGGACGUUACAGGAAUCCGCAUGGACAAGAAGCCUCAUGUUGGGAAGGUAAAUUCAAAUGGUGUCUCUCAUGAUGUGGUUCAUGUUUCUCCCAAAAUUUCGGGUUUAAGUGCUGAAGCAAAGGACUAUGAGGCGGAUGACCAUGUAGUGGACGACUCAAUUACGGAAGAAAGUUGUGAGAGGCAAGAUGUACUAGGUGUUAAAAGUACCAACCAUGAUGCUGGUUUGCCUGAAGGGAAAACAUUGAAACCUGAGGCUCAGAAGUCAAGUGACAAGAAAUUGGGCUCACCUGUCAAGGGAAAUGGGAAUGUGCAAACAAAUGACACUGUUAUGCAGCUCUCUACUCUUACUCCUGACAAGCAGGUUUCAACUGAAACUGAUCCUGAUGGGGCUGAAACUGUCGAUGCUGGUUCAAAUUGUUCAACUACGCCUAACAAUUUCCACUCCCCCAAUUCAGCAAAGAAAUCACAGGUAUUAAGGAAACCCCAACAACCUGAUAACAAGAAGUAUCAUGAUGAGGAAGAUAAUUGGUCAGUCACUUCCUCUACUGCGGCUUCUGUGCGGAGUGUCCGAACUGGCAAGUUUAGGACCACUGUCCCUGUUGCUCCUGUAUUUAGAUGUGUUUCACGUGCAGAGAGACGCAAAGAGUUUUACUCAAAAUUGGAGGAAAAACACCGGGCUUUGGAGGUGGAGAAAAUGGAAUAUGAAGCUAGGACCAAGGAGGAAGAAGAGGCAGCUAUAAAGCAGCUUAGGAAGAACAUGGUGGUCAGAGCACAUCCAGUGCCUAGCUUUUACCAGGAAGGGCCUCCACCAAAGGCUGAACUUAAAAAGAUUCCAACAACUCGUGCCAAAUCACCAAAAUUGACACGGAGAAAGAGCUGUGGUGAUGCAACCCAUGCAUCACCGGAGGAGAAGGGAGUUUGCGUCAGAGCAAUUCGCCACAGCAUUGGCAAUCACAAAGAUGGUAGUUCUACUGGCAGACCUAUCAAAAAUAAGGUUCAGGUCAGUGCAAGGAGUGGUAACACCACUUGCAAAGUUAAGGAUCAUUCGGGAACAGAGAAGGAAGCAACUAAAACCAGCUCUCCAAAAAUGGCUGAGCAGACUUCAGACAUCACUGUCAAUGGCUAGUUUUACUAUGUUGGAUGGGAGUAAGUUGUAGAACUUCUCUGUUGAUCAACAGCUCGUCAUCUUUUUGCCCUGGGAAUGACUUGUUUAAGUGGUGCAUGUCAUAUCUGAACUGUAUAUUUGUUGUACUUCACAUCAUUACAUGUAUAUUAUGUAUAAGAAGAGAGCUCCUCAUAAUGCAGACCUAAUUGGUUGUGACCAAUCUUAUCUUUGUAUAUAUUGCUUUCAAAUGGAUGCUGCAGCCUUUUUUUAA